AUGCAUGAUUCAAUGGGACUUUGCAUCGACACUAUCCCAGAGCUGAAUUGGCUGUGUGAAGUAGAUGAUGCUAAGGCAUACAUAAGGAUAGACGGUCAUAAGGAUUCGACGACAUGGAUCGCUCUUACAGAAAGCUUGAUGAUGGAGUUCACCACACCAGAAAGCAUAAAGAUCCUUGAAGACUCAAUGAAAAAAGACCGAAGACGAUUACACUCUGGUAAACAAGCAAGUCAGAGACGAUCUUAA